UCUUUUUGAAAUAGAAUUUUCAUAAAUAAAAAAACAAUUCUCAUUCUCCAAAGAAGUGUACAUUCGGAUCAUCCUGGACAAAAACAAAAAACACAUUAAUAAUUGUUCUGACGCAUACAGGAUGAAUGCAUGGACCAGACACAUGCGCUGAUAAUAAAAUUGAGUUACUCAGUGAGUAACAAAUAUAAACCCGGAAAAAACGUUUACGGCAUGGAAACAUUCAUUCACAUUGCGAGGGGGAAAUGGGGGAAGUGAUUAAUUUUCAGAUUAUUUUGACAACUCCAAAUAAUGGACUCCCAAGACAAUAGUCAGGAAAGUCUGGUCAGUUUUCUCAAUUAGGGAAAUUAUUCUUGUAAAGGGCCGAAUGACUUAAAUGUUUAUGUAAAUGGUAUGAAAUCAUUUAUGCACUAAAAGAUUAAAAGAUGUGUCAUAUGGUUGACCUCAGAUUUAGCCACUGCUCCAGAGUACGAAAAGAGAGUAUGAAUGAAAAAUGUCUAUACUGUUGAUUUACAAAGUAGCACUUGACAAUGACUGUGACGUGUUUUAAGUAAAUUAAUUAUGAUUGAUUUCUUCAACUCUGGCAGGUUAACAUCACCAUGUUCCGCUGCGUAACAUCUGACCAGGUAGUGCUUAUGUUGCCUUUGGUUCUGUUGGUGUUGCUAAUGCCCUUCAGCUGGAGUUUUCAAGCUCUGACUCCUGGCUGCCACCUUUACCCAUUUAACGUGACCGUACGUACAGACAAGCGAGGUACAUGUCGAGGAACUCAGAUGGUGUACGCUUGUGUGGGCUACUGUGAGUCCAGUGCAUUCCCGUCACGCUACUCUGUGCUGCUGGCGUCCAAUUUCACCCACAACAUAACGUCUGCUUCCCGCUGCUGCACCAUUAGCAAGGAUGCCAAGAUCAAAGUACGUCUGCACUGUCCCGGAGGCCGUCACCAUGACGAUAUCGAGAUCUUGACCGCACGGGCCUGUCGGUGCAACAUGUGUCACAAAUCCCGUUACUGAGAGCCCACAUAAAGAAUGCCUCACUCAUGCUGUACAGGACACCUGAGAAUGCUGUGCAAUUAUGAAAAUGUGCAUUUUUUGGAUUCAAAUAAUUUUCUGAUUUUACCAUUUUCAUUUCACUUGUAAAUUUACAUAAAAACACACCGUCACUGAAAGGAUUGGGGUCAGUAAGAAUUUUGAAAAGAAAUGAAUACUUUUAUUCGGCAAGAAUGCAUUAAAUUGAUCAAAAGCAACAGUAAAGAUAUUUUUCAAAUAAGCGCUCUUCUUUCUAAAGUUCUAACGUAAUGUUUCUAACAUUCUGCUCAUCAUUGAUAAUAAUAAGAACUGUUUCUUGAGCAGCAAAUCAUCAUAUUAGAAUGAUUUCUGAAGGAUCAUGUGACACUGAAAACUGGAGUAAUGACGCUGAA